AUGAUGGGAUUUAAUCCAAGGAGGGGAAAUCACCAACACCCCCAAGGCAGGAGCUCUACUGCCAACCCUGAUGAUUUGGAAAAAGAGAUCCAUCGACUGAACGGCCUUUUGAACAAAGAAAAGGCCAAAAGGAUUGCAGUGAGAGAGAAGCUGGAGGAAGAGCUCCAAGAAAUGGAGUUCCAACUCAAGAAGCAGGAGGAGUUAAAAGUUGGCUAUUUUGAUCAGGCCUGCAGAGCGAAGGCCGAACUGGAAAGCCUGCAGAAGUUCAGAGACGUGGAAGUCCUGAAAUUUGAUGUGAUAGCUUCUCAGGCUCAGCUUGAAAUCAAAGAUAUGGAGAAGGAGGAAAUUCAGCAGAAAUAUGAACAAGUGAGGGUCUCCUGCUUUCACACAGUUGAAGCAUUUAUGGAUGAACUGCAUGAAGAGAAAGAGAAAAAUAAGGCAUUGGAAGAAGAACUGAAGGAGCUCCAGAGGUCAUUCCAGGAGCUCAAUGCUAAAUAUAACGCUGACUUGAUAAAGAGGAGAGAAGAGACCAAGUCACAAACAUUUUAUGAGGAAAAGAUUAGUGAGAAGCAGCGAUUAUUGGAUAUUGUGAAAACAGAGAUGGAAAUGAUGAGGGUAGAAAUGAUAGGAAAAAUUGAGUCAAUGCAAGAAUCAGAACAACUUUUACAGAAAGAAUUGGAGGAAUCUAAAAAAUCGUAUCAUGAUCUGACUUUGGCCCAUGAGAAAGAAAUUGCAAUCCUGAAACUAGACCUGGAGCGAUGCCAACUGGAGCUAAGGCAAGAGAAAGAAGAUAAUUUAGAAAACAUUGGAAAAAAUAAGGAGCUGACUGAAGAACUGAAAGCCCAGAAAGAAAGUGGAAAGAUCCUGAAGAAGCAAAUGAUUGAAGAAAAAAGAUUUUAUCUGGAAAAGGCAGAGGAGGAGAAGAAGGUAAUAAAUGACUUAGAAUUGGAAAAAACCUUCCUGCAGAAAUCAUCACAAAAUGAGAUUAAAUGCCUGCAGGACAAACUGAAAAACGCCACAGAAGAACUGAACAAAGUUGACACUUUAUAUCAAGAUUUGUCCAUGAGAUACGAAAGAGACAUCAGUUCACUUAAAAAAGCUGCAGAACGAAACCAAAUUAAAAGUAAUUCUGUCGAAAAUAUUGUUGAAUCUACAAACGAUUUACCGUCAACCACCACGGCGAGUCCUCAAGAAGAAGAAGAGGAAAUAUCAGUCGGCCAUGUUGACGUGAUUAAUGAUUCAAAUGACAUGGAUUCAGAGGAGGAACAACCUGAACCAGAACCAGAACCAGAACCAGGUUGUUCUAAGGACGCUGAAGACAUUGAGGAUAUUAUGACCCAACAAGAAAGUGGCCUUCAGGAUUUAGACAUCAAAAAGAAACCGAAAACCACCAUUUGGAAAAGAAUGAAAAAAUUUCUUGGAAUUAAGUCAAAACGAAAACCAAAGACAGAAAACGAUAAAGAUGAUUAAUUUUGAUAUUUAUCAAGACAUGAAAGAGAAGAACUGAGGACCACAUCCAGGUUGUCGCCUCUG